UCGUGCAAGAGUUCUUAGACGGCGAAGCAAGAGUUAACUGAACCCAAAUGGUUGCAUGAGGUUUCUGUUCUGACUUAUGUUGUGUACAUACAGCAAGGGUUCCCAGCACUCUCCGAGGAGAAAAAUGAUGACAAGUAUUUGUUUUGUUUUCCUUUUUUCCUUUCAUCUAUGGCCAGUGUUCAGUGGAGCACAUGUUCGUCAAAAGCCAGCUUCUAAAGAAAAGCCUUAUGCUUCCAUAUUGUACACAGCAGUUGUACGAGGCAAAGUGGCUCUUCCAUGUGACAUUUCCUCCCCCUCCACCGAUGACUCCGCGGCUCUCAUCUUGUGGUACAAGGAUGACUCAGCUCAGCCUAUUUAUACACUGGACGCUAGAAGAGGUAACGUCGACCAAGCCCACCAGUCCUCUGGUCAUCAGCUGGAAAACCGUGCUUAUUUUAACAUGAUCAACAGGCCAGCGUUUCUCCAGCUGGAUCCAGUAAAGGAAGAAGACGCAGGGGAGUACAGAUGUAGGGUAGACUUCCACAAGGCCCGAACUGUUAACACGGUCAUCACGUUGAAAGUUAUUGUUCCUUCGGGAGAACCUGUAAUCACCGAUGAACAAGGUCGACAGCUGAAAGGCUUGAUUGGACCCUUUAACGAAGGAGAUUCUUUGCAAUUAACCUGCCAAGUAAGCGGAGGUAAGCCGCGUCCAUCAUUGACGUGGUGGCGAGAAUAUACCAUCUUAGAUGAUGAUUACAGUUUCACACCUGAAGAUGUAGUGAAAAAUGAUCUAAAAAUCUCAGAGUUAAAACGUCACGACCUGUUAACAGUUUUUACAUGUCAAGCUUCAAACAACAACAUCACAGUUCCGUCGGCAAGUGCAGUGACUCUUGACCUAAACUUAAAACCAGUGGAGGUUAAAAUUCACCCUUAUCAACGACCCCUACCGGCUGAUAAAGAGGUAGAUUUGACUUGUUCCUCUAAUGGUUCUCGACCAGCAGCAAAAAUUACAUGGUGGAAAGGCGAUAAACAGAUGCAACAUACUCGAGAAAGCGUGAAUCGCGCGGGAGUAAGCACAAGUAUAUUGACUUUUAUGCCAUCUGUUGAAGACAACGGGAAACAAUUAAGCUGUAAAACCGAAAAUCCACAUAUUACUAAUAGCGCCAUAGAAGACAGUUGGAAACUGGAAAUUUAUUUUCCUCCUCAAGUCACUCUUCACCUAAGGAAUAAUCCUACAUCAAGCGAAAUUCAGGAAGGAAAUGAUGUUUAUUUAGAUUGCAACAUACAGGCGAAUCCUUGGGUUCAUUCUAUAAGUUGGCAGUUUGAAGAGCGAGAGUUGAAGAAGAAUUUUUCCGCUGGAAUUAACAUCAGUAACCAGACGUUAGUCGUCCAGCGUGUUCAACUAUCUCAUCGGGGCCAUUUUACCUGUUCAGCAAGUAACACCGAGGGACUAGGCAUAAGCAACAAAAUUUUUAUUAACGUAAAAUAUGCUCCUCAGUGUCAAGCAGGACAGAAAACGGCCUAUGGAGUUGCCGUAUACGAGAAAGUCGGCGUAACGUGUAGCCUAGAUGCUGAUCCUGAUGACGUCACUUUCAGCUGGUUGUUCAAUAGUUCUACCAAACAGUCUAGUCAAAUACAGUACAGCAGUGAUAAGACGCAGAGUGUGGCCACCUACACACCAGAGACGGAGGACGAUUAUGGGACAUUACUCUGUUGGGGUACUAAUGACAUUGGUAUUCAGCGAAAACCAUGUGUUUUCACUAUAGUGCCUGCUGGUCCUCCAGAGUCUCCACACAACUGUUCGGUUUUGAAUCAAACAGAAAACCUGAUAUAUUUGGAAUGUGUGGAAGGGGACAACGGAGGAUUGAAUGCUAAUUUCAUUCUGGAGGUGUUCAGCGUGGGUCACGGUACAUUGCAGGCUAACAUAACCUCCCCAGUACCAAUGUUUCUGGUUAAAGAACUUCCCGCUGGAACUGCUCUGAGACUUCUUGUCUUUGCCGCUAAUCCAAAAGGUCGUAGUGAACCGGUUGUCAUAUCAGCCACUACGCUCAGACCAGCGGAGAAACUCAUGGAUAAAGGUCAUCCUCAAAGUAUUGUAAACGUUCAGCCUUUGUUCACCAUCCUCAUCGCCGUUGUUGUUACUCUCGUCCUCAUUGUUGUCGUCGUGGUAAUAGUCUUGAAAGUAAAGCGCAAAAGAACGCUAUCCAGAGCAGCUCAGACUGACCAGACAGAUGAAGAUAAGUCUCAGAUGCCACUAAAGAAAGAUAUUGACGACUUGACGGACUUGGACGACAAAGGUCCAGACAUAAUUCCUUCUAGGACAUUUUACAGGGCCUCUUAUCCAGAAUAUCCCGAAGAGGGAGACGACCGAUGUCUACAGCUGAACAGUACCAUGGAAUCAUGCUACAGUACUCCAGAUUCGAAAUCUGGUAACCUGAUCAUGGAGACCACUUAUACUACCACUUGUCCCGUUGGCGUACCAGCAGACAGAGUUGAAAGUUUUUACCCCACACACUCUCCUAGUAGAGGGCAUAUAAGUGGCAUUGAUGCGUCAAACAAAACCACUAAUCUAAACAAGCUCGAAGAUGUGACGUACGCUGAAUUAGCCUUACCUAGGUCUGGCCAGUCUUCUUCAGUGGUUAGAAGGCAGGAGCCACCAACGGAGUACGCUAAAAUCGACUUUAGAGGAAAGCAGCUGGAAGCAGAAGAGGAAGAAUGUGGCGUCUCCUGUGAAACACCUUUAAUGAACAAUAGAAGGGAAAGUGCAGUUUAAUGUUUGACGAAGAGUUACUACAAACGGGACCAAUUAUUUAUAUGGAAGGAAGUCAAGUUUCCAAUGUUUAAGAAAGGAAUGGAAAAUGAUCAAGUCUGCCGAAAGUCACUUUGCUAAGAAACAUUUCUAAGACAUCUGUGCCCAAGAAUAAAAGUCGUUUCAUAAAUACGAUUGUCAAGAUAAAGUAUCCGUGAGGAAGUACAGAACAGUUACCGAGUCUUGCGAUCCUUUCAACAUUGACGCGUCGAGUUCUAUUUGCGUUUAGCGUGCAUUUAUUCAUCCACUGUGUAUGUACUCCCUUUAAGAAAGAUGUAUCGAUUAAUAAUAGAUUAAAUAGUUGUCACCUUGUUGCUUUAUAUUUUAAUCAUAUUCACGUGGAAGGGUUUGCUGCCUUACAUGUGAUUGUUUCUGCUUAGAGAUUUCCAAUAAACUGAAAAAAAAAGCACGUCAGCCAUUGGAAAUGAGAAUAAUAAGUAUAUAUAUAUAUAUACUAUUCUUGUGAUGAGCACCACUCUUGGGAGGUUUUCGUAAUUAACUCCCACUAUAUAUCUAUUAAGAUCGCAACGUUGAAUGACGUCAUUUCUGCACUAUAUGGCCACUUUGUCUAUAGAGGUGUGUUCUAGUUUACACUUUAAAAUCCCUUCUAGAUUUUCUAGCACUCAGUAGUAUUGAUAUAGUUUCACCUAACUUGUUAUGAAUAUAAUAAAAAAUAACCCGCUGUAGUCAUGUGAACCCAAAGUAUUAUCAUUAAAACUCUACAUAAAUAUUGGUCCUCAAAAAUGUGUGUCGUUUUCAGCAUUCAUAGUAAAAUGUGCACAUGACGUUUAUCACAAAUAUAAAUGUUGAUGAGUAAAUUUAACGGUAUAUAAAAAUAACUGUAUACUGUAUACAGAUGUAAACCUACAGAAAUAUACCAUUUUAAAAAUUUAACCUCAUACAAACUUAACUGAAAAAUUACUAGAACAGGGAAUUUUUUCUUCUUCUCUUCACCAAAAAUUGUGUUUUGUAACUAUAAUUUCAAAUUAUACUAUUUGUUUUAUUAAAUUAUUAGUUCAAUAAGUUUAUUCAAUUAGCAAAUCAUUUACUAUUUUCUAAAUAUUUUUGUAUAUUUGCAUACAAAUUGCUGUUUACAAACCCCCAAAAAAAUCCAGACACCUCCAGUCAUGAACAAUUGUUAUUUAUUUUCAACAAACACCAACAAGUACCUUUGACGACCACAAUUCAAUCAGACAGAUUGCUAACUUUAGUAGAAUUUCAAUGUGCAGGAAUUGCACUGGUACUCUUCUAAUUCCUUGUAUACCUAAGUAUGUUACAUUUAUUUGUGAAAAAUGCUUUAUAUUGUUUGCCUAGAAAUGUUAUUGUCAGAAUUCUUAUUUGUUGUUUCUGUCUUCUGAAAAUACCGUUGUUUGAAGAUACAAGGGAUACGGAUCAGAAUAUUUAUGGUUUAGCAUCUGUGUGCUUUAAAAUUAAUUAUCUACUGAAUUCCCCCUGGACUGAAACAUGAGCCUUUUGACUAGUGAGACCACUCAUUUUCCAGUGGCUUUGUCUUUGGAGGAUAGUGAAUGAGGACGUGACUCGACGCGCCUAUACAUGUUAACUUUCUUCUAGUCUGUGCUUUUAUAUUUCAACAUUCCACUACGCUUAUGUACAUAUUAACUUGCUAGCUUUUUUUUUUUUGAUUUUUAAUCAGAAAACGUUUCAAUAUUUUCCACGUACGUUCUCAGGUACGAGAUUAAAGUGGCGAUAUUUUUGUAAGAAAAAAGAGGAAAGUAAAGAAUGCUAAUUCUUUGAGAAUUAAUAGGACUUUUCAUUGUAAUAAUAAACAUAAUUUAAUGAUAUUACUUCUACGCUGUGUCAUGUGGGAAAAGAUAGGUUCUAACUAAGCCUUCGUCUAUACACAUAGAAAAAAUUAUUUAAAGCAUAGGUAUGGUGUCUAUUUAAAGAAAAAACUCAGAUUGUUCAUGAUGUUCUGCCACAAGAUUUACUAAAAAAACGAUAUUCUGCAAUAAGACUUACUUCCAUAAAACACACAUGAUGUACCUCCACAAAACUUGUAAUAACAUACAAAUGAUAUUCCGCCAGAAAACAUGUUGUCAUGAAACAUAUGAUUUUCUGCCACAAAAUUUACUGACGUCAAAAAAAUACACAUGAUUUUUCGCUACAAAAUUUAUCGUGAUAACAUAAAAAUGAUCUUCCGCUAAAAGACUUGUGUCAUAAAACACAAGGGAUGUUACGCCACGUUUUCCAUGCUUCAAACUGGGUUUGCUGCGAUGACGUGGUGAAAACGGUUAGGCUGUUUGGCCGAUAUUUUCAGCGUUUUUCGAAAAACAUUUACUCUACAACUAUUGAAUAAAACGUAAGAAAUAAAACAUCAUAUUAAGAAGAAUCAAAUGUACAGCUUUAAUUCAACAUAACUGUUCCCUUUUUAUUAAUCUAAGCAUUUGAAUUUUUAGUUAUCCUUAGUUUCCAAACAGUUUAUAAGCUUUUAAUCUGCCUUUUAAACUAAGAACCACUAUUGUGUUUAUAACUAUAGAUCGUAGCGUCAGCUUACCCUCAACAAUACUUAAUAACUUUUAAAACCAAGCCUUUGUCACGAAUUCAGACCAGAAUUAAUAGAGCUUGAUAACUAUUGCCUCCCUCUGCCUCUGUAUAACUAAUGUUAGUUUACGUUUAACAUGCAUAUGAAGUUGUAAAAAAAUAUUUUAAAUAAAUACCGAUUUCCUGAAGAUCUUUCGAAAACAAAAGCAACAUUAACUCAAAAGGCAUCCACCACUGAAGCUGCAGCUGAAAUAUUUUACCUGUAUUCGGUUUAAAUGGCAAUAGUGUUUCUUCAGAUUUUCGGCUAACAAAUUUACUUAGCUUAUGUUUCAAUGGUUUUGGUUUAUUCGUGUGAUUAAAAUCAAUUACAUAUAAACUUGAAAUACCUUGGUUUGCUCAAGACAUAUCCACACCAGGAAAGGCUUUUGUAUGGAUACCUAGGAAGUAUUUUCGUCGAAUAUUCUUAUCUUAUGUGGACUUUACUUGUAUGAAAUAAAAAUAAGUAAAAUGAGUUGUUUUUUUA